AUAACCGUCGUUUUAAAUCGAAAUAACCGGUAUAGCGAGCUCCUCGAGGAGAAUCGUCCGUGCAAGCGAGCAGUGGUCGACGCAGUCGUGUGGCUUUCGGUUCGUGGAUUUUCUUCGGCGUGAUCGACGUGCAAGUCGCGGAGGGUGGACGACGGAGGAUUCGGACGGAAAAACGUCGAGGUGUCAACGGCCGUCGUCGUCGGGAUUCUCUCAUCCUCGCGACUUGUUAACGUUUCUUGCGAGGUCAACUGUUUGGGUAUUUUUGCGAGUAUAGGGGCACGAGAAACGGCGACAUGUCCUUCUCUAAGGCGAAGAUACAACGCUUCAACGAGAUUGCAAGCGAGGCACCUCCGCCAGGCGCCUACGAUCCGAAAUUCGACAAUAAAGUGAAAGGACUAGUGAUCGAAAAGACCGAUAGAUUUCUAGAUACUAAGAGCGUGUAUAGCGCGGAAUGUAACGCGUCGGUGUCCGGGAAGAGCAUUGGAGUCAUCUCGAUCCCCGCUUUUCGUACGCCUCAGAUGCCAAGGAAGUGCACGAAACCGACGGGAGUGGUCACCUGCAAAGCGAAAGUCAAGCUCUCAACUUCAGCUCGAAGUCAGAACAUGAAGUACGAAUCCAACCAGCACCUCGCAGAUCUUGAAGUGGAAUGUUUAAACAAGGAUAAGACUAUACAGGAACAAGAGAAGUACAUUGAGGAAAUGAAGGAAGAUGUGCGGAAAUUACAAGCUGAACUGGAGGAAUUGUGCAAGAAGCAGAUCGAAACGGAGGAGCAGCAUACGAAAGAUUUAGAGACAAUGGCUAAGUUGCAACAAGAGGUACUAAACAAUCAUGACAAAAAACAUGAAGCAGAAACGCAGAUAUUUCGCUCGCAAUUAUUGGAAAUGUCCGAAGAGAAAGAGCGUGAAUUCUCAGCGCGAAAGACGAUCGAGUCGGAACUUCGAAAUCGCGCGGCUGAACUAUCAAAAAGAAUAACAACAUUGGAAGUUGAAUUGUGCGCCAAAAAGAAGCAGAACAAAAUGAGGAUGACGUCUCUUGAAGUGCGCAUCGUAGAACUUAUAAACACAGUAAAGAUGGUGGAGCAUGAUCGCAAUACCGAGAUUGAAUUAUUACACACGGAAAAAGAUCUGCUCGAUGUGCGUAUCGCAGAUUUAACACAGGAGCAAUCUAAUCUCGAAGCUAAAUUGGAGAAGAGACAGAACGUUAUUUUGAGGCUUCAAAGUCAGUUAUCCACUCUGCAAUGUGAAUUGGACGAACUUAAAGCCGAAUACGAGAAGCUGGCCGACGAUUCUAUCAAACGAACUUCCGAUCUUACUGACAAACACGAGAAAGAAAUUAAAUGUCUGCAAGAUCACUUCGCGAAAGAAAAAGAGGAAUUGUUAAUCUCAAACGAGACGCUUAAAUCAAGUGCGGAAACGAAGUUACACGAAAUAGAAGAAACAAAUUCUUUCCUUACGAAAGAACUGAAGGACGUUCAAAGACUUUACAAAGAUGUGUCUCAGCGUUUAUAUGAGGCUCAAAAAGAACUGGAGGAUUCGAACAACGAGCAUGCUCUUACAAUGGAAAAAUUUCAAGAUCAUUUGAUUGACAUGAAGUAUCGGUAUGCUGAAGACAAGUUAGAGUUGGAGCAAUUAUUAAAGCUUACCAAAGAAGAGUACAUGAGAAAACUGGAAAAUGUUACAAUAGCGCGAGAUAAGGAGUUGGAUGAUUUGAAGCAAGCUUCCGAGAAGAAGAUUCAAGAAGAAAAGAAACGCAUGACGGAACAUACCCAGAAAAUGAUCGAGAACGCGGAGGCCGUUACGAGAGAAACAUUAGCGGCAUGCCGCGCUGAGAGCGAGGAGCGAGUAAAAAGAGCAAUCGUUGAAUGCGAUGCGAAAGUAAGCGGGUCACACGUCAACGCCAUGAUCAGAGAGGCGCGAAACACCGUGGAAGAGGAGAUGCAACUUGCUGCCGAAAGAUACAAAGCGUGUUUGGCUCGUAUGGAAAUGGAGCGUACUGCAUUAGACGAGAAACUUUCACAGAGGGACGCCGAAAUCACCAAGCUCUCUGCGACGCUCGAGGAGCUAAGAUCGUCCGUGGAAACUCAGGAAAGUUUUAGUCAAAGUUUGCAAGUUGAGUUAGAUAAGGCAGAAACCGAAUUAGCGGAGAAGAGGGAAGAAUUGAGAGCUCUAAAAGAUCACAUCAGGACGGAAGCGGCUGAGAUGGUCGCUAGAAGGAAGAGAUUUGAGGUAAUAAUGGCUGAAAAUCAGGCAUCCGUCGUCGCACUUACUAAUCGCUUGGCGCAGAGCAACGCCGAGGUGGAGAGACUGCAACAUGAAUUGAAACGUGGUGAAGACUGUAUACACGAGCACAAAGAUCUGCUCAGUGCGAUGCGCAAUAAUUCGCAACUGGUGCACGAACAAGUGCACGCGCUCAUGGAAGAACUAGACGCGCAGAGAGAAAUGGUGGAUCAACUGGAGGCUAGCAGUUUGUCUGAAUUCGAAGCGAUUAAACCUAUUUUUGAGGCGAAAAUUGAAAAUCUGAAGAAAAUAACAGCGAAGGAAAUCACAAGACUCAAGGACGAUUGUGAGAAAAAGUCUCUUCAAAACGAUGAGCUUAAAAAACAACUCUGCGAAAUGGCGAAUAAUCUUAGUGAAGCGCAGAAUCUAUUACUCAAACUAGAGGAACGAAAUGACGCUCAAGUGGUCAACAUUUCACGAUUGGAGCUGGCGAAUAGCAAGCUCAAGGAACAAUUAAGGAAUCGAGAAAAAGUGUUUGAAGAAAAUAAUCAAUUAGUUCAAAUCCGAGAAACGCAAUGUAAGAAAGCCGUAAAUGAGACGAAUUUUCGGGUGGAAGAACUUACUGAGAAAGUCAAGCUGCUUGAAAAUUACAAGAAACAUUCAGAGGAACUUCAAAAGUAUUUUGAACAGUUAUUAGAUCAAGAGAAAAAUAAACGGGAAACUACAGAAAAUGCACUUAAGCAACAGAUUCAAGAAGAGAGGGCACGACGAGAAGAAGCUGAAGAGGAGGCCAAGAAAAUCGCAGAGCUGAACAGCCGUCUCAAGAAGGAUUUCGAGGAGAUCAGCGGAAAAUAUGCAGAAAUGAUCGGUCAUCAGAACCCUAAGCAAAGGAUCAAGCACGUAGCUCAGCUAAAAGAUAAGAUCUACAAAUUGGAACAGGAAUUAUCUACCAAGACCCGAUUAAUCGAACAGCAACAAAAGACCAUAGAAAAGUUAAAAGCUGAGGAGAAACGAUCUCAUUGGAAAGGCAAGGAGAACAUCGGGAUGGUACAUUCAACCCCCAUUUCUUCGCCGCAUAAGACACUGCCGACGCCGUUAAGGAGUCGAAACGAUUAAUCUUAACUAGUAUUUAAGAUUUAUCGUUUAACCAAUAGUUAAGAUUAAUCGCCUUAACUUCUUAUGGUGUCAACUUAGACUACAAGUACUCGAUUCGAUGCGUGCGCGAAUAAUAUGCCGAGGAAAAACCGGAAAAACAAUCGUCAGAGAUUAUGAUAUUAAUUUUAUUCAUAUCGUUGAAAAAAGGAAUUAUAUGACGUCAAAUAUAUAUAUUUUUAAAAAGAGAGAAUUAUAAAUAUUGUUAAUACCUACUGUUAAUUUUGCGCCAUUAUGUGUUUCAAACUUAGAUUAAAUUGACCAUAACUCGCUUCCACCGUGGCACGUUUUUAGAAUUAUAUAAAAACAUAUAUUUAAGGGAUUUUAAUUAUUUUAUAUACGAUACAUAACAUUCUCUAGAAAUGUAUGAAGCAUUACUAAUAAAAUAAUGCGCUAUGACGCAUUUUUCAUAUCAUAA